AUGGACACCGAAUUCGGCGAAAUCAUCUCAUCCCCACUCUUUACCUUCAUCGUUGGCAGAGCAAAGAAGGAGAUCACGGUGCAUUCCAGAGCCCUGGCUAGCCUAUCAACCACACUUGACAAACUGAUGAAUGGCGAGAUGAUCGAAGCCAAAACUCGUCGCGUUGACUGGUCGGAGGUUACUGAGGAAGCCACCUUCCUGCGUCUGUGCGAAUAUGCGUAUGCGCGCGACUAUACUCCACCACCAUGUUCGCACAGAGAGGUAGAGCCUCCGAGCGUUCCAGUAUCGAAGUCUCCAGAACCGUCGGAUGAUGAGCUCAUGUUUAUGCCAGCCGAACCUACGGCUCGAGCCGACUUCCCACCACCGCCGGAUUUCCAAGGACCCUUUCAUGUUUUUGGGCGCCCUCAAGAGCCACCAGUGGAAGACUCCAAGCCAGCAAUAUUUGCCAGUUACAUUCUACCGCGCAAGAAUGCAAAGGGAUUGCGGUUGCGACGUGACUUGUUUGAUUUUGACAAGCUCAAGGAACAGCACUGGCACGAUGACAUCAGAGUAAACAAGUAUGCUCCCAAGGGAAAUUCGCAACCUCACGAUGACUUUACGGAUGUCUUUGUGGGGCAUGUGGAGCUCUAUAUCUUGGCUGACAGGUAUGGGGUCCUCCAACUCAAGGAGUUGGUCAAAUAUAAGCUGGCAGCCACAUUGAAGCAGUUCACCCUAUGCAAACACAAUGUCAUCGAUUUGGUGGAACCGAUUCAACUGCUAUACCAAAAUACUUUGCCCGGUGAUGCCAUGCGAACUUUGAUUGUAGGAUAUGUCCUCUCAGUGCUUGGUCAGAUAGGGGCUAGUGCCGAUUUCCAAAAGCUAUUAGCAGAAGGUGGAGAGUUUGUUCUUGAUUUCUGGAAGGCAUACUGGGAAGUUUAA